GUUCAAUAUCCUCGGAAAUCGGGUAUACGAUUCGAGUAAACGUUGGUAAACUUCUAUAACGUCAAAGAAGUCGUAAGAAAUGUAGUAAUCCAAUUCAGUUAGCAUUUUGUUACAAUAUUUAAGCAUUAGAUUGGCUUAAUACACGAUGGUAACAUUUUAAAAUUGCCAAGUUUCUCUCCGUAGUUGUACUAUUGCAAAAGACAGCGUGGGUACCGACUUGUAUGGAGGUCAGUAAAUGCAGCGCGGCACAAACUGCAGGCUCGCUUUACAUCAAACAUUUUUUUUUUAUUCGUUUGUUUUAUAAGUUUAGCCAAGCUGAUACGAUUUUUAUUUUACAAAGAGUGAUGUCUGAUAUAACCAUGGUCCAAGUUGGCUUAUAGCAACACAGAUGUCGCCUAGUGCAUGUCUAGUUAGCAUUAGCAUUAGCGUUGUGCAACAAAACCAUUCAGAAUAAGUCGAUAUCUUUAUUAUAUCAACAUGGAUAAGUUUGUAGUUCGUACCCCGCGAGUGGAAACGCCUACAAAGACAAAGACCAAAGAGAAAGUGUACAAACAAGCUACUAUUGAGUCUCUAAAGAGAGUUGUUGUGAUUGAAGACAUCCUUCGCUGUAAAUCUAUGCUGGAGCUGCCAGAUCAGAGCAAAGAAAACCUGCUGUCUGCUCUGACUGAACUCAGCCAGAAGAUCCCAUCCAGAGAGGUGCUUAAGUCCACUAAAAUAGGUCAUACUGUUAACAAGAUGAGAAAGCAUCUGGACCCAGAGGUGAGCUCAAAGGCAGCUAAAGUUUACACAGAGUGGAGGACGUUCAUCGAGGAGAAUUUGAAUAAGCCGUCUAUUGAAGUUCGUUCAGACAAACAGUCAGAAACAUUGCGCAGUAAUGCCAGAAGACUGAUGGCUGAAGCUCUGGAGGUCAAAGAGGAUUGUGGCCUUAUCGACAACAUUGAGAGAGAAGUUUUCCACCAGUGCUCCCGGCUGGUGAGCAGCUCGUACAGACGGACUGUGAGAGCGCUGGUCUUUGCCUUUAAACACAACCCUGAAAUCAGGACUCAGACUAAAGACAAUACACUGUCAGUCAACACACUGGUGUCAAAGUACAAGAAAUGAAGAAAAGAAAUUGACAAACUAUUAACUUGACUUAUUUUAAUAUUUACAUUUUUACAUUGUUUUAUUUAGUACAUUUUUGGAAAAAAGAUAACAUGUUCACAAUAUGUGGCACACAAGUAGCCAAAAAAGCUUUUUUAAAAUCAAUUCUAAAUGAUGUUUUUUUUAUUGCUGCUAGUCAAUGUGUGUAUGAUAAAACAUUCAGAGAUUGUGUUGUUAGUGAAAAUUCAAAUGUGUGAUCUGAAGAUAAAAGAUGUGGGAUAAGAAACUGAAAAAUGUCUCUGUAUCUUUUUAGUACAUUUACUUGAGUGAGCCAUACUAUUAUUAGAACACCAUAACUUA